AUGGUGACACCAGCAACAUCGUCUCUGAGAAGGCAGAGAUCAUGGGAUUCAGGAUACAUGUCGGAUGCAGGUUAUGAUAGUCCAAGCCGUCGCCUCCCCCAUGAAGGUCCCACCAUCGAGACGUCUGACACGACCAAUUACAUUAGACGGAAGUGCGACUGGGAGGUUGACAGCGUCGAGGAGUCGGAAGAUGAUGGAUAUGGUGAGCACAAGGACGUAGACCGUUGUCAAUAUACCUUUUCCCAGGAUCAAGGUAAAGAGUAUUACGACGGCUACCUUGCAGAGCUCCAGGAAGAGCUCGAGGGAGCCCAGGAGCGUCUACUUAUGGUCGAGGACAAGCUCAAGUUCUGGAGGCGUCUAUACUGGCGGAGCAGAGAUGAGUACUACUUUUCACAUGGCUCGUCGUCCAACGGCUCAGAGCAAGGCGACUGUCCCGAUGAUGUGUCGGAUGACUGGCAGUCUUUAUUUGACGACAAGGGCGAGGACGGCGGCGAUACGAGGCGCAAGUUUGUGGACGAGUUGACAUGGUCCGAUAUCAAGCUCUCCGAGUUUCACCUGUACCAACUGGAGCUCGAAGUCGAUGAAGCGAAUGAGGACUGUAGCAUGAUUAACGCAGAGCUGGUCUUGUGCAAUUUUCGUAUCGAAAAUUACCCACCAGAGACGUGGCAUUUUGACAAGGAAUCAGGAUUGCUGAUCUGGAAUUCGAAUAGAAACCAAGAAGUCACUGCAGAUAACUUCUUGUCAGUGCCCGACCAUAAGCGGUCAUUGAGAUAUGGUAGAACAAAAUAUAAUUGA